AUGGAUAAGUUUAUGAAAUUAGAAAAAUUUAAGCUAAAUAAUAAAGUAGAGAAUUAUAAGAAUUAUAUUGAUGAAUUAAAAAAGGUCUCAAACAUGUUUCAAAAUAAAAAUAUUGAUUCUUUUGCUUCAAAUUCAACAAUUGAUGAAAAUAAAAUUAUGAAUGCAAAUGAUUUAUGCAAUUUAUGUAUUGAUAAAAAUAGUGAAAAAUAUAAUAAAAGAAUAACAGAAAAGGAAACUAUGAACAGUAAUCAUAUAAAAGAAAAAAAUUUUGCGAAAAUUACGAAAAAAAGUUCAGUUAUUGAUUUUUUAAAUACUCCUAUUAUAAAUACAAAUGAUUGUAAUUAUAUUAAUGAAAUUGAUAAAGAAUUAAAAGUUAAAGAAAGUAUAUCAAAUGAACAUAGUGAUUUUGAUACACAUAUAUAUGAAAAUGAAUUUAAUAAAACGAAUUUGGUAAGUACUAAUAAUAUAGGUGAAGCAAAUAUAAUUCAAAAAGGAGAUAAAAAUGAUUGCAUUAUGGAAAAAUUAAGUGCUCAUACAAUUUUUUAUAAAGAUAAUAAUAGUGGUAUUAAUUGUAAUAAUGAAAAAGGUUGUAAUUCUAGUUGUAAUUACAAUAGUAAAAGUUGUAUUCUUGUUAAGAAUUCAAGAGUAGAACAAAAAGGCAAUGAAGAUAAAUUUAAUGAAUCACAAAAUAAUAUAAAUAAUAAUUUUAAACUAAUGAAAUUCUAUUUAGAAAAAAUAUUAGAAAAAUCUUUAGAUAAAAAUAUAAAAAAUUAUUGUCCUAAUAAUAAAAAUUUUGAAUUCAAUAAUUUUUGCAAACAUAAUUCAGAACUAAAUAUAUUAAAUGAUUUUCAAAUUAAUUAUGCACUUUUGCAAGACAAUAUUAAAGAGUUAUAUAAUAAAAGUGUAAUUAAUGUAAGUGAAACGAGUAAAAAGGAAGUAUCACCUAAAGAUAGUAUUGAAGUAAAAAGUGACAUGAACUAUAAUAUCAUUGAUAGAAUAAGUAAGUCUUCAAAUAUUAAUGAGGAGAUAAAUGAUCUACUUCUUACAGGAAAUAAUAUUGUAAAAGAUUCAGAUUUUAAUUAUGAUAUCGUAUUUAAGAAUAUUGCAUCAAAAAUUUAUAAUUAUUUAAAAAGUUUUAAUGUAAAAAAGUUUGACGAAAUUAAACAGUCAAAUUUAAAUAAUUAUAAUAAUAGCUCAGAACAUUGUAAUGUUCAUAAUUUUUCAAAUGAUAAAAAAAACAUUGAAAAAUCAAACAUAUCAAAAGAUUUAAAAAUAUUUGUACCAUUGUUACUGCUUUAUAUAUCAAAUACAUAUUGUGCUAAUGAAAUAAAUUUUAUUGAUAAUAAUACAAUUGCUCAAAAAAAAAAAUUAAAAAAAAAAGUUAUUAACGAAAUAAUUUUUAGUGUUAUAAAUUCAGAUGCUAACAAAUAUAUUGAACAAUUAUUAUGUAGUGUUAAAACUUGCUUUAUACAAAUACUUGAUUAUUUAAAAGAUUUUAAUUCAGAAUGGUUAAGACAGAAUAAUGGAGAAGAAUACUUUUAUCAUUUUCGUAAGAUAAUUUCUAUUGAUAGUUCUAAUAUUGAUAUUAAUUCUGUUAUUACUUAUGUAAAACACUUGAAAAAAAUAAAAAAAAAGUUUUUGAAUGGGUUCUCUUCAUGUAAUAAUAAUUUAAAUAAAAAUAUCAAAAAAAGAGAUAGACGAGUUUUUGAAUUAUCAAAGAAUAUUUUAUAUGAGGAAAAUAAGGAAAACAUAAAUAUAAGGAAUUAUGAAUCUUCCCCGAAAAGUAUAUAUAAGGAAAAUAGCAAUUUGAAUAAUGAAUGUCUAAAUAGACCAUUAAAAAGAAAAUUUAGUGUAAAUGAAGAAAGAAGUGUAGAUAAUAAUUUACAUAAACAAAUUAAAAUUGAAUCUAUUUCUAGUGAAAUACAUAAUAAUGAAACAUCAAAUAUAAAAAUUGAAAAUAAGGUUGUUGAUGAUAGUAAUGUUAACUUAUCAACAAAUCAGAAUACGAUUUUGAGUAAAGAAAAUGUUAUUGAUGAAGAAGACAAAAUUUAUUACGCACCAAGUGAUAUGAGAACAAGUAUCGAAACAAUUAAUGAAAACAUUAAAUUAGAUAAAUAUGAAGAUGAUUUUAAGAUGAAAUAUUAUAAUGAUGAUGACAAAAAAUUUUUUACAAAAAAAAUGGUAAAUAAUGAAGCAAAAAUAAAUAAUAAUAAUGAGGAUAAAAUGAAUAAUGAACAUUAUGAAGAAUAUAAAAAAGAAAAAACAGAAGAAUUUAAAGAAGAGAAAAAAGAGUGGAGAAGAGAAAAUAUAGAAAUAGAAGAAAAAGAAAAUCAAAAUCAAGAGACAAAAGAAGAUAAAGUGUCAAACAAACAUGAAGAUGAAAAGAUAGAAACAAAGGAGCAGGAAGAAAUUGAGAAAGACAUAAAGGAUAAAGAAAAAGAAAAUGUGUAUGUUGAUUGUAUUAAUGUAUCAGUUUCUGAUAAUAUAACUAAUAAGGAAGAUGAUAAUAUUGAAGUUAAUAAUAAUGAAAAGGAACAGGAGAAUAAGCUAGAUGAAAAUGAUUUAAAAAAAAGUGAAGUAAAAUAUUAUAGCAAUAAUGAAGAAUCAAAUGUCGUGAGUAACAAUAAUAAUUCCAUUGAAAAUAAUUCAAAUGAAAAUAUUUCGACAAAUAUAGAAUUAUCUAAUGCUAAAGAUCAAGUUUUAAAUGACAAAUGUAAUACACCAAAUGAUAAUUUGGUAUCAAAUGAAAAAAAGACAAAUUCUUUAUCAAACGAAAAAUUAUUCAAUCAUUAUGAAGGGAAUUUUAAUCCAAUUCAUAAAAGUAGUCAUUCUUCAAAUAAUUCAAUAUUGAAUCAUAAAAAUGAUAAUAUUAGUUUAAUGAAUGAAAAGAAAAUAUACAACAAUGAUCUCGAAUGUAUACCAACCAAUACUUAUUCUAACUCAAAAAUAGAAACAAAAACUGAUAGUAUUCCAUUUAGAAAUGUUUCGUAUUUAAAUAUAAAACAAAAAAAUAAAAAAAUAAAAAAAAUGAGAACAUAUUAUUUAAAUAAAAUUAUUGGUUUCUUAUUUAGUCAAAAUAUAUUUAACUAUUCUUUAAUUUUUACUCCCAUUUUAAAAAAUGGAGGUAAUGUAUCUUUAGUACAUGAAAACAUAAUAAACAAUAUAAUUUUGAAAUUGAAUAAUCUUAGGUUGGUAGAAAUAGAAAAUCAAAAGGUGAAUAAUUUGACUUUAUAUAAAAAUCUUAAUAUUAAAGAACAAGAACAACAUAUAAAAUACUUAUUGCAUGAUGGUUUUGAAAGUAGACUACUGGAAAAAGAAAUAAAUAAAAAAAAAAUAGGAGAAAGAGAAGUCUUUGACAUGAAUAUAAUCAAUAAAGAAAAACACGAAUUGAAUGAAGAUCAGGAAAAAAAAAAUAUAAAUAUGGAAACCAUUAAAAAUAAUGCACUUGAUAAGAUUAGUAAUUUAAAUAUUUCCUUUCCAGAUGAUAUAAAGGAAAAAAAUAUCUUUAGUUCGGGUAAAGAUAUAAAAGUAAACUCUCAAAAAAAUGAUGAAAUUAAUAACAGUAUAAAUACCAUUAUUAAUAGUUUAAUAAAAAAUAAUAAUAAUGUUAACAAUAGUGAUAACAUUUACAAUGUAAAUAGUAAUUUAAAUAGUAUAAAUCACAAUAAUAACAAUAAUAGUAAUAGCAAUAUUUAUGAUUACAAAAAUAAUCUUAAUGAUUAUAUUAAAGAAAUGCUAAUCCAAUAUAGUAUUUAUAACAAAUAUGUUAAUAACAAUAAUAUUAAUCCGAAUACAAGUGCUAAUACAGCUAAUAAUAACAAUAUUUCUCUAAGUAAUAAUGAAAAUAAUAAUAAUAGUAAUAAUGAUGAUGAUAAAAAUAAUAAUGAUAUUAAUAAUAAUAAUGAUGAUGAAAAUAAUAAGAAUGAUAAUAAUAAUGAUCAAGGUAAUAAAAAUAAUAAUAAUAAUAGUAAUUAUAAUACUACAUUUGAUGAUAAUGUUGCAGAUAGUAAUGAAAAUAAAAAUACAAACGAAGAUCAUACUCCACCUAACUUUGAUAAUGAUAAUAAUAAUAACGUAAAUACAAGCAGUAAUUUUAAUAAAAAAAAUGAUGUGUUACAUAAUAACAUUAAUGACAAUUUUUUAAAUAAGGAAAAUUUUUUAAAAUUAUUAAAGUGUUAUUUAAUAAAUAAAUCCAAUCAAUCAGAAAUAAGUAAGUCUAAUCAACGGGCAUAUCAUCAUUUAGAAAAUGAUAAUUAUAAUUAUGACAAUGCAGUAAAUACUAAUGAAGAAGAUACGUGCGAUAAAUUAUAUUUAAAUAAUAGCACAUUGGAUUAUUUAUUAAAUAAUUCAAAAAAUCAGAAUUGCUAUAAUAAUUGCAAUCAUAAUAAGAAAUUCAAAUAUAUAACAAAUAACUAUUUUUUAAAAAAUAAUUCUCCAGAUACAAAUAAAGUGAAUGCAUGUAACUUUAUGUGUAAGAAUAAUUAUCUGUUAAGUGAAGAUAAUGCGGAAAACAACAUGUUAAGUGAUAAAAACAAUUUAUAUUCAUUGAAAACAUUGAAUGAUUUGAAGCAUUUAUAUAAUUGUUAUAGUAAGAAUAUAAAUAUGUGUAACAAUAAGAAAAAUUCUUUUUGUGAUAUGAAUGUGAAUCAUAUAACUAAUUCUUUAUCAGAUGAAAAAAAAAUAGAUAAUAUAAAAUUAAAAAAUUUGAGUUUUAAUAAUGAAAUCAAACAGAAAAAUUGUUUACAUAAUGAUUGCAGUGAUAAUAAAUUAUAUUCUUGUGAUUAUAAUUGUAAAUCGAAUAUUUUGAAUUUAGUUAAAAAUAAAAAUUUAAAUGUGUAUAAUUUAUCAUAUGAUAAAACUUUCCUUGAUUCUAAUUAUCUGGAUGAUAAUAAUAAUAAUAAUAUAAAUAAUUCAGUGAAUUUGAAUAAUUCAAACUAUAAUGGCAAUAUUUCACAUAAUACUAAUAAUAAUAAUAACUUUAAUUAUAAUAAUAAUGUAAAUACCAAUAACUGCUCCUGCUGCAAGCAUAAAAGUUUAAUGAAUAAUAAAAUAAAUAAAAAUUUCCUGAAUAAUUUUGUGAAUAUGAAAAAUAUAAAUAAUAAUGUUGAUAAAAUAAAUAAGGAUAUUCUAGAAAAUUAUUCUUAUGAAAGUAUACGAAACAAUGGAUACUCAGAUUUAAAAUCGUCAUAUAAUAAAGUGAUAGAGGAAGAUAUGAAAAAUUAUAGUGGUUUACCUCUCUCUUCUCCUUGUGUAAAUUUAUGUAAUAAUAAUCUCUUAAAAUUAUCAUAUUUAUAUGAUCUAUUAGAAAAAAAUAAAAAUUUAUCAUUAAAUGAUAUAUCUAAUGAUAUGAAUCAAUAUUUAAAUAAGUACUUUUCAAGAUAUAACAAUUGUUUAGAUAGAAAAAAGAAUUGUAAAAAUAGUAAUAGUGAUGGAAAUAUAAAAAAAAGGGAGAUGAAUAAUAAUUGCAAAUUAUAUGAACAAAAUUUGAAUUUUUUAAAUAAUGGAUUAAAUACAAAGAAAGAUAAUAUAAAUUUUACAACAAAUAUAGAGGAAGAAAGCCCUAUAUCUUAUGAAAAAGAUAAUAAUGAAAUAAUUUAUAGAGAACAUUUUAAAAAUGAUAAAAAUUAUUAUUUAUAUGAUGAAGAAAGUCAGAAGAAUGAAAAUAAUAUAUCACAAUAUAAUAAUGAAAAGAAGAAAUUGGAUGAAGAAAAAAUGAGAAAUUGCUUAUCAUCAUUAUAUAACUCAGUAGUAUAUAAAUCAGGUUUUUAUACGAACGAUAAUUCAAAUAAUAAAAAUACGAAAACUAAGAAAAGUAAUAACUUUUGUGAAUACUUAUCUAACUUUAGUUAUUCUAAUUUAAAUGAAAAUAGUAGUGAGAAUAUAAAUCAUAUUGAUGAACUUGGAAAAUUUCUAUUGGUUAGAGGUGAUAAUAAUGAAAAUGCAUUGAAUAUAUAUAAUAACAAUGUUGAACAAUUAGAAAAUAAAAUGUUUUAUGAUAAUAAAUUGAAUAGUUCUUCCCUUUUUUCAAGUAAAGAUUUAAAUAAUUCAAUAGAUUUAUAUAAUGACGGAAGUAGCAAUGAAGAUUUACAAGAACAUUUUAAGAGAAAAAGAGAAGGAAAGGGAGAUAGUUUGGAAAAAUUGGAUCAAGAAAAAGAAAAACUUUUAUUAAUAGAAAAAAGAAAAGGUAUGGAAGAAAAUAAAGAUAGUGAAGGAAAUUUAGAUAUAGGUAAAAUAGAUGAAAAUGAUAAAGAAUUAGGAUUAGUGAGUAGCUUAUAUGGAACUAAAAAUAAGAUAGAUAAUAAAAAUUCCUAUUUAAAUAAUGGAAAUAACAACUCUAGUUAUAAUAUUAUGAAAAUUGGUAAAAAUAAAGAAAUGAAAAAUAAUGAAGAACAUUUAAAUAAUUUAGAUACAUCAAAAUUGGGAAUUAAGGAAGAUAGAAAUAAAAAUGUCGAUUUCUUUUUAAACAAUUUUUCAUUAGAAUACGGUAGAGGAAGAAGAACAAAAGUUAUAAACCAAAAUUAUUUGAAGAAUUAUGAAUUUGAAGCAAACUUUUUUGGAAAAAGAGAUAAUAAAUCAUCGGGAAAUGCUGAUUCAAAUAAUAAAAUGAAUGGUGUAUGUGUUAUUUCUAACACUAAUAAUAGCAAAGACAAAUCGAAAUUAAAUAAUGAAUCAUUAUCCGCAGUUAAGGAAAAUAUAAAUAAUAAAGGAGUUAAUACAAGAAAAGUAAAUACCAAAUUAAGAAAUAAUAUAAUUGAUAUGAACGAUAACUAUGAGUUUAAGUUAUCGGCAUCAGAAUUAAAACCACAAAGGGGAGUUUAUUUUGAUCGAUCUCAAAAGGCUUGGAUUGGGAGCUGGUAUGAAGAGGGGAAACAAAUUAAAAAACGAUUUAAAAUAAAAUAUUAUGGAUGGGAUGAAGCAAGAAAUUUAGCUACUAAAGCAAGAUUCGCAUUUGAAAAUAGAACAAAAAACUUAAAAAAUAAAAAGAAUAAUAAUAAUAAUAAUAGUGCAAUUGUAAAUGAAUCUGUUAAUAUCAAUACAACUGAUGAAAAUAUACAUAAUAUCAAUAAUAAUAAUACUUCUUUUUGUAAUAACGAUAAUACUACUAACAUCGUUAAUCAUAAUAUUAGUAAUCCUAAUAAUAUUGAUAAUUUAAAUAAUUGUAAUGUUAACCAUUUGAAUAAUACUUUUGAAGAAGAUAUGAAUAAAAAAAGUGUUAGCAAAAGAACAAUAUUAAAAAAUAAUAACGAAAAUUUGGAUGAUUCUAAUAAUAUGAAUGUGAAUAAAAAAGAUGGCAAGAAAAAUAUGCAUAAUAGUAAUAAUAAUAAAACUUAUGAAGAAAAUAAUUGUAAAAACAAUGAAAUUUAUAGUAAUAAAAAUAAAGAAAAUAAAAUAUUAUCUUCAGAAGAAAAAAAAAAUGAAAAUAAUGUAUAUAUAGACAACGUAAAAUAUAAUAAUGUAGAUACACCUUAUAAUAUAAAUAAUUAUAAUAUUCAUAUCAAAGAAGAAAGUAUAAAUGUUCUAAAUAAUAAGGAAUCUUUUAAUUAUGAACAAGGAGUAUUUGACAAAUUUGGAUAUGAACAAGAUUGUAAUAAAUAUGAUGUAAGAAGUAAUGAAAAAAAUGAUGAUCAUUGUAAAAAUGAGUUAUCACAUGAAAAUUUUAAUUUUAAAAAUGAAAAUAAAAGUAUAAAUGAAAAUUCAUUUAAUGAAUGGAAUAAAGAUCAUGCAGCAAAUAAUCUUUUGAAAGAAGACUAUAAUAAUAAUAAUAAUAAUAAUAACCUUGACCCAAACGAAGAAAUAAUAGGAAACAAGCAUGAUAAUUGCUUAUUGAAAAAUAAUGAAAAUAAUACAAGAGAUAAUAAUAAUAAUAAUGAUUCACAAGAAUCUCAAUUUUGUGAUCAAACUUUUAUGAAAGGAAAUCAGAAUAAUAUUCCUUAUAGUAGUUACUAUGGAUCAAAUUUAGUUGAUAAAAACAAAGAACAAGUUUGUGACGAUAAGAAAAAUAAAAAGAAUGAUAAUUUUAUAAAUGAAAAUGGCCGAAACAAUUGCAAAAUAGAUUUUAAUAAUGGCAAUGAUAAUGACAAAAUAAAUAAUAGUACAAGAGAAAUAAAUGUAAAUUAUGACUGCUGUAAUCAUUUAAAUAAUAGUAAUAAUAAUAGCGUGAGAAAAGAGAAAAUAUUAGAUAAUUUAGAUAACAAAAAUAGAAAUAUGUAUAUGAAAUAUUGUAAUUCCAAAUCUUUAGAAAAUGCACUAAAUUAUGCUAAAUCUAAUAGUAAAAAAUUGUCUGACAAUAAUAUAUUAGAACAGUCUGUUAAAUUACCACAGGGUGUGUUCUAUCAAGAUUCUAAGAAAGCAUUUUGUGCUAAUUGGUAUUCAAAUGGGAAACAAGAAAAAAGAUAUUUCUCUAUUAAUAAAUUUGGGGAAGAAAGAGCUAGAAAUUUAGCUAUUGCUGCUAGAAAAAAAUUUGAACAUAUAUAUAAAAAAAAUAAUUCAAAUAGAAAAGAUUUAUCUUCGUCAAUUAUGAAAAAUAGCUCUAAUGACAAUGGUGGGGGGGAUAUGUAUCAUCUAGAUGACUACAAUAUAAAUAAGAGUAAUAUAAUUCAUAAUAAUUUAAACAUUAUAACGAAAAAAGUAAGUAUGAAUAAUAAAGUAGGAUCAUCCCCAUUACCAAUUAAUGAAGAUUUACAUUUUGUAGGAAAUAACUAUAUAAAUAAAAAUUAUAUGAAUUAUAAGGAUAAUAUUUACAAUAAUUUACCUUUAAGUAUGGAUGAUCGUAAUAGUAGUAUUGGUACUGUUAAUAAGAAUAGUUCUAUUACUAAUAUUAGUAAUAACAAUGAUAAUAAUAAUAUAAUAAAUAAUGCAACUAAUAAUAAUAAUAGUGAUGAUAUGAUGGAUAAGGAUAUUGAUGAGUCCAUUAAUAAUGAUAAUAAUAAUAAUAAUACAGAAAACAACAAUAUCAAUAAAGAAACUAAUAAUAAUGAUAAUAAAGCAUCACCAGGUUUGUUAAAUAAUAGGAGCAAUGUGUAUAUAAAUAAAAAUGAUAUAUCUUCUAAUAUAUGUGAAAAUAAUUGUGAAGUUUAUAACACUUCUAACCAAACAGGUGAUAAUAUUUUAUAUAUAUCACCUAGUGAAAAAAUAAACAAAGAAAUAACAAACGAAGAAACCAAUGUUAUUACUCCUAAUUAUGAUCAAUCAUCAAAGGAUUUAUCUUCUCCUGAUUAUUAUAAUAAGCAUUCACAAAAAAAUAUUUUUAAUAAAAAUGUAAAAAAAGAAAUUGAUGAUAUUAAUAUGUAUAAUAAAAUAGAAAAACCAAGUUCUACUCCUGCGGGAGUUUAUAUGAUUAGAAUAAAUGGCAUUGUUCAAGCUUGGAGAGCUGAAUGGAGAAGUCCAAGCGGAUGUAAAAGAACAAAGAAUUUUGGUAUUAAUACGUAUGGAAGUAGUUUAAGUAAAAAAUUAGCAAUUGAAAUGAGAGCAAGAAUGACAGGAGAAUGCUUAGUUUCAGAUGAUGGUACAGUUUUCGAUUAUGCAAAUAAAAAAGGGACAAACAAUAAUUAA